AUGGUCUCCAUGCUCUUCCUCGGGUACCUCGGCGAGCUCGAGCUGGCGGGCGGCUCCCUCGCCAUCGGCUUCGCCAACAUCACCGGCUACUCGGUCCUCUCGGGCCUCGCCAUGGGGAUGGAGCCCAUCUGCGGUCAGGCCUUCGGCGCCAAGCAGCGCAAGCUCCUUGGCCUCACCCUGCAGCGGACGGUCCUCCUCCUCCUCGCCGCCUCCCUGCCCAUCGCCUUCCUCUGGAUCAACAUCCGCUGGAUCCUCACCUGGUGCGGCCAAGAUGCGGAGAUCGUUUCCACCGCCGGCGACUUCAUCGCCCUCGCCGUCCCCGACCUUCUCUUCCUCUCCCUCCUUCACCCCCUCCGUAUCUAUCUGCGCACGCAGAGCAUCACCCUCCCGAUCACCUGCUCCUCCGCCAUCUCCGUGGCCCUCCACGUCCCCCUCAACUACGCCCUCGUGGUGCGCCUCCGCAUGGGCAUCGCCGGCGUCGCCGCCGCCAUGGUCCUCACAGACCUCAACCUCUGCCUCUGCCUCCUCGGCUACGUUCUCGCCUCCGGCGUUUACCGCGACUCCUGGGUCAGCCCCAGCGUUGACUGCCUGCGGGGGUGGUCAACCCUGGUCCGCCUCGCCGUCCCCACCUGCACCUCGGUCUGCCUCGAGUGGUGGUGGUACGAGCUGAUGAUCAUCCUCUGCGGGCUGCUGGUCAAUCCGCGGGCCACCGUCGCCGCCAUGGGGAUCCUCAUCCAGACCACCUCCCUGGUCUACGUCUUCCCUUCCUCCCUCAGCCUUGGGGUCUCCACCCGCGUGGGAAACGAGCUCGGGGCAGGCCGCCCGGCGCGGGCCCGUGCCGCCGCCGUGGUAUCUCUGGGCUGCUCGGCCGUGAUGGGCCUUCUGGCCAUGGGCUUCACCAUGGCGGUGCGGCACCGGUGGGGGCGGCUCUUCACCGCCGACGAAGAGAUCCUGGAGCUCACGGCGGCGGCGCUGCCCAUCGCGGGGCUGUGCGAGCUCGGCAACUGCCCCCAGACCACCGGCUGCGGGGUCCUGCGGGGCAGCGCGCGGCCCAGCGUAGGGGCCAACAUUAACUUGAGCUCCUUCUAUCUGGUGGGCAUGCCGGUGGCGGUGCUGCUGGCGUUCCCCGCCGGCAUGGGAUUCUGGGGACUGUGGUUGGGCCUGCUGGCGGCGCAGGCGUCGUGCGCGGCGCUCAUGGCUUGCGCCAUCGUCCGCACGGACUGGGCGGCAGAGGUGGUCAGGGCCAGGAGGCUGACGACGGCUGACGACCAGGAGGUCGCCACAGUCGGAGAGAAGAAGGCCGCCGACUUGGAGGAGAUCUUCUUCUGUGGCGGCCCCCCUGAGGAGAAGCCCCAGCUGGAAAGGGAUCCUCUAAUCUCCUCUCCGUCACCCAACUGA